GUUGGUCAUAUGCGGGAAGUUCUCCAUGGCACCUUUGGAUUUGUGCUCCACGCUGAGGCGUCAGCUGCGGUAGCGGCAGUCAGUGGCGGUCUCUAGCGUAUGUAGCCCCAGGACCAGCUGCCGUCCUCAGAGAUGACCAAACGAAAGUCACAGACGCAGACCAGAUGCUGUCCUUCCAACGGUGUGGAUGGAAGUGACUGUCCGCUUUGAAUCCCUCUGACGACCUGAGGCUGAAUCCAUCAAAGGAGGAAGGAGGGAGGACACGUGAGAAGAGAGCGAGAGAGAAAGGCCGGCACUCCAGAGAUACAGACACAGAUCAAGAAACCAAGAGGUCAAACCGAGGGUCAUUUUCUCCCCAAAAGCCUGGAGGCGUUCUGAACUGUGGUACCCUUUUUGCCCUCUAGUUGGCACAGUCUCCCAUUCAUCCCUGGGGAGCACGGCUAGCUACUAAACCGAUUCGCCCCCUCAACGUGUCUCGCUCGCUGCCUCCUCCUGUCCCUCCCUGCCUCUCAUUUCCACAACGAAACUCAUCGACCCUGCCUCGUUGCCAUGGAGAAGACCUACUCUCUCACCGCUCACUACGACGAGUUCCAGGAAGUGAAGUACGGCGGUCGCUACAGCAGCGACAUCCUUAGCAACGGCAUGACCCUUCACCUGGGUGGGAGCCUGGACCGCCACGUGGCACGUGGUCGAGGCGGAGGGGUGCGGGCCGGCGGGCGGGGCAAGGACAUGAGCGGCCUCAACAACGGGGCGGGGCUUCCUCGCUGGAGCCGGAGAGAGAUCUGCCUCCUGUCCGCCCUGGUGUUCGCGGCGGGGAUGUGCGUGAUCCUGGGCAGCAUGCUGGCGCUCAAGUACAUCUCCCUGGAGGCCCAGCAGGACCCCCACUGCCGGGAGGACUGCCAGCGCAAACGCACCCUCCUCCGGGCCUCCCGUUUCGUCCAGUCUAACAUCGACGCCACCAUCCAGCCCUGCCAGGACUUCUAUUCCUUCGCCUGCGGCGGCUGGCUGAGCCGCAACACCAUGCCCGAGGGCAAGCUGAGCUACGGCAUGAUCACCGCCAUCGGCGAGCACAACGAGGAGAAGCUGCGGCGCCUCUUGCUGGAGCCGGUGCGCCGGCGAGGCCGCGAGUCGGCCGAACGCAAGGUGAAGGACUUCUACCGCUCCUGCUUGAACAUCCAGGAGAUCGACAAGCUGGGCACGGAGCCCAUGAUGGAGGUGAUCGACAGCUGCGGGGGCUGGGACCUGGUGGGGGCGCCCUCGGGCGGGGCGGGGUGGGAGAGCGAGGGCGCCCCCCAGAGGCCGGACUUUAACGAGCUGCUGUACAGGACGCAGGGCGUGUACAGCACUGCCGUGUUCUUCUCCCUCACCGUCAACGUGGACGACAAGAACUCCUCACGCAACACUAUCAGGAUUGAUCAAGAAGGGCUCACUCUACCAGAGAGGACUUUGUACCUGGGACAGGACGAGGACAGCGUGAAGAUCCUAGCAGCCUACAAGGCCCUGAUGGAGCGGCUGCUAAGCAUGCUGGGAGCUCACAACGCCACCCAGAAGUCCAAGGAGAUCCUACAGCUGGAGACACGCCUGGCAAAUAUCACGGUGUCUGAGUAUGAUGAACAAAGAAAAGACAUCAGCACUAUGUACAACCGCAUCACUCUGAGACAACUGCAGCGCAUUGCUCCUAACCUCCACUGGAAGCGUCUCCUGGACAGGAUCUUCCAUGACAGUUUUUCGGAGGACGAGGAGAUCGUGGUUCUCGCCACAGACUACAUGCAGAAGGUUUCUGACAUCAUCAAGACCACCUCAAAAAGGGUGCUCCACAACUACAUGCUGUGGCGCAUCGUGGCCGCCCUUAGCGAGCAUCUGUCCACGGCGUUCCGCAGCACCAUCCACGAGUUCUCCCGUGAGAUCGACGGCACGGAGCGUCAGACGGAGCUGGGGCACCUCUGCUUCACCCAGGCCAACAAGCACUUCGGCAUGGCCCUUGGAGCCCUGUUCGUACAGCAACACUUCUCCUCUCACAGCAGGGCCAAGGUACAGGAGCUGGUGGAGGACAUAAAGCACUCCCUGGACCUGAGGCUACAGGAGCUGGACUGGAUGGAUGAGACCACCAAGGAGGCCGCCAGAGCUAAGCUGCAGCAUAUGAUGGUGAUGACAGGCUAUCCAGACUUCCUCCUCAAACCAGAGCUCAUAGACCAAGAAUACGGGUUUGACGUCGAUGAGAAGACCUACUUCAAGAACAUCCUGAACAGCAUUAACUUCAACAUCAAGAUGUCUGUUAAGAAGAUCCACAAGGAAGUGGACAAGACUGCGUGGCUGCUUCCCCCUCAGGCGCUAAAUGCCUACUACCUGCCUAACAAGAACCAAAUGGUGUUCCCCGCUGGGAUCCUGCAGCCCACGCUCUACGACCCCGAGUUUCCUCAGUCGCUGAACUACGGGGGGAUAGGAUCCAUCAUAGGGCAUGAGCUCACCCAUGGCUACGAUGACUGGGGGGGCCAGUACGAUCGCCACGGCAACCUGAAGCAGUGGUGGACUGAGGACUCGUACAGGAAGUUUCAGAAGAAGGCGGAGUGCAUCGUCAAACUCUACGACAAUUUCACCGUCUACAACCAGAGGGUGAAUGGUCGUCUUACCCUGGGGGAGAACAUAGCCGACAUGGGAGGUCUGAAGCUGUCCUACUUUGCGUAUCAGAAGUGGGUGAGAGAGCACGGGCCUGAGAGGCCCCUCCCCGGACUCAAAUACACACACGAACAGCUGCUCUUCAUCGCCUUCGCCCAGAACUGGUGUAUGAAGAGAAGGUCACAGUCCAUCUACCUUCAGCUGCUAACAGACAAACAUGCCCCGGAGCACUACAGGGUGAUUGGCAGCGUGUCUCAGUUUGAUGAGUUUGCGCGGGUGUUUCACUGUCCGAAGGGUUCUCCCAUGCACCCCAAGGACAAGUGCUCCGUAUGGUGACCCACUGACCUCGACUCCUAGUGAAGAGACUUGACCUUUGACCUCUGCUGAUCUCAACCUCUCUCCACCAGCCUGUCUAACGUUUCUCUCUCUCUCUCCUAUGCUUCAUGUUCAUCGUUAUUGUCGAACAUCCUAUUCAGAGUAUAGCUCAUGUUUCUGGCUAUGAUUUCAGUAGCUGAAGGAACUGCAAUAUGCGAAUUCCUUAAUUUUUGUCAGGCUGCAUCAUGAUAAAUGACGAUUAGUGUAUAAAUGAUUUGAUUCUAUAUUUUUCUAUGUUUAAAUUUGCGUUUAUUUUUUAAUCAUCUAUUUUUGUAUUUCAAGAUAUAUUGCAUGGCAUUAUACUAUUGGUUUUAAAUUAAGAAUAUCAUGCUUAUUCAGUAUAUAUUAUUUUCGUAAAAACGACGCAGGGUAGAGGAAAUAUGGUUUAUUGUAACAUAAGUCAUUCAAAUAUAGCAUUGCACGGUCAUCCUUUACUUCUAAAUUUGGAAUACAUCAAUCCCAUUUGGGGACAAAGAUGAUCUGCUCUGGACUGAAACAGCAGGAAUGGGUAUAGGAAUACUACUCUCUGUGUCUGAACUGUUCUGGGAUCAGUAUUUGCCUGCCAGUGUUUGUCUUUUUUGGUAAUUGGAAAAUGUGUUGCAAUGCUGCCCUCUUGUGGCUGAAAAGCAGAAUGGUCUGUGUUCGUGUCUCAGUCCGACUUCUUUGUGUCUGGUCUCAGAACUGUGGACAUCGUUGGAAUGGUAUUGCUGUCUGUGUUUGUAAGGUUUAGUUUUUUAUUUUAUUUUUUCACCAAGGAAUGUAUAAGUUAAUUGAGGACUUGCAGCAGUGUGUUGAUCUACAACACUCUACUGAACAUAAAUGCAUAGGCCAGUCUGUGUCCAGAUUCUUUCAAGACACUAAAGUGUCACUGGCCAGCAAUAUCUUACCAGUGUCACGGAAGCUUGGAUCUAUCUCAUCAUCACCCACUGUUGAUGGAUUUAAACCCUGUGGACAACAUGAAACUGCCAGCCUCUGCUAUCAGAAAGUAAAGACCAUCUUCAAGGGAUCGCUUUCAUGCCAAAACCCUUCACUCUGCAGUGACUCCUCCUUGCUGGAUGACCUCAGAACGCCACUCACCAGACAGACAGACUGAUUGCAGAAGACUUGAAUAGAAGACUCCUUUGGAUUUGACAUUCCAUGUUCAAACACACACACACACACACACACACAGAAUCACCAUGUGUACAGUGCAUACAAAACAGUACUGGUGAAACCAGAGUACAAUUGCAC